CUAGUGAAAAUGGAUCCUGGUAUCCUUUGUUUCCACCAUUGUGAGCACAAAGUAUUUUGUACUAUUAUUCCAGAAGAAUGUCCUGUAUGCCAUCAAAAAUUAGACAGAUAUGACUACAAUCUGCUGCCGUUCAGGGUGCCCUAUCCUUUUGUAAAAGCCUCCCAGCAUCCAAGGGCAAUUGUUAUGAAACCUACUCAUGGAGAUUUUCUUAAUGAUUAUUACAAUUCUAAAGACUUGCACAUAGGAGUAACCAAUUCCCUUGGUUGUGUAGUAGAAUUUAAUGAAGAAGGUAUUCGAGGUGUGGAUACAAACACCAAGAAGUGGAGCUGCCGAGACACCACGGCUGAAUGGGACCAAUGUCUGCUGCUGGAGCAGUUUGACGAACUCUGGAAUGAAAUAUGGGAUAGUGUUCUAUUGAAGGUGAGUCUCAGUCCAUUGUGGGGGGCGGAAAGGUACAAUGAAGACAGACACAACUGUUUUACUUUUGUACUAGCAUUCCUACGGGCCUUAGACUGCGGUGAACUCUCUGAAAAGGCUCAGGACCCCAAGUUGUUCUGCAAGCAAUAUGUUGUCCCUAGAACAUCCUCUGCAGGGAAAUAUAUUUCACUUUACCGACAACUCAAAAGGCAGAGCUUCUUCGUACAGAACCAAUGA